AUGGGGCGCACAAGCAACUCCAGAGCCACAGUCGCCGGUGACUGUGCUUCACGAGCGCCAAUGGCCGCAAGAAUAAUUUCUACAAAGACGACGACAGCGUCGCCAGAUUUCGAGCAACUGAAGCAACUGGGGCUUGGACACAUAAUUCAUGGACCGCUAUACAAUGAUGUACCUCCCGAUCAGGGCAUCUAUGACUUUAUUAUUGUUGGCGCUGGAGCGGCUGGUUGUGCGCUGGCUGCACGCCUCUCGGAGAACCCUAACUGGAGUGUCUACCUCAUCGAGGCGGGGGGCGUUGAGAACCUAUCGCAUCAAGUGCCACUCCUGGCACCAGCACUGCAGGUAACAGCCUCAAACUGGGGCUACAAGUCGCAGCCACAGCGCCAGGCUUGUCGCGGCAUGCCCGACAAUCGUUGCGCCCUGCCGCGCGGGAAAGUUUUGGGCGGCACCAGCUCCAUAAACUUCAUGAUCUACAAUCGUGGCAACCGCCACGACUUUGAUUCCUGGGCUGCAGCUGGCAAUCCAGGCUGGAGCUACGCCGACGUUCUGCCAUAUUUCCUGCGCAGCGAGAAUGCCCAGCUGCAGGGUCUAGAACAUUCACCCUAUCACAACCACAGUGGCCCCUUGAGUGUAGAGUAUGUGCGUCAUCGUAGCGAAAUAGUACACGCAUAUGUGAGAGCCGCCCAACAGGCGGGUCAUCGACGCACCGACUAUAAUGGCGAAUCACAGUUGGGCGUCUCUUACGUGCAGGCCAACACCUUGAAGGGGCGCCGUCAUAGUGCCUUUCGGGCUUUUAUCGAACCCAUUCGUAGCCAGCGACGCAACUUGCGCAUCGUGACACUGGCCCGCGUUACACGAGUGCUCAUCAAUCCCGAUACGAAGUCUGCCUAUGGCGUCGAGAUGCUUUACCAGGGCCGGCGUCUCCAACUGCGCGCCCGCAAGGAAGUCAUUCUUUCGUCGGGCGCGUUCAACUCUCCGCAGCUACUAAUGCUGUCGGGUAUAGGGCCCGAGGAUAAUCUGAAGGCCAUAGGCGUGCCAGUGAUUCAAGCGCUGCCAGUGGGUCGCCGACUCUAUGAUCACAUGUGCCAUUUUGGACCCACCUUCAUAACAAAUACUACUGGACAGACUCUCUAUAGCGCCCGAUUGGGACUUCCAAUUGUGAAAUCAUUUUUGCAGGGCCGUGCUGACACACUACUCUCCUCCAUUGGCGGCGUUGAAUCGCUUACAUUUGUGAAAACUUCCACGGCACAAUCUGCAGACACGCAGCCUGACAUAGAACUGAUUCAGGUCGCCGGCAGCUUAGCCUCGGACGAGGGCACGGCCUUGGCUAGGGGCGCCAACUUUAAGCCAAUCAUCUAUGAACGAAUGUACCAGGAUCUGGCCGAGCGCCAGCAGGAUCAUUUUAGUUUUCUGGUCAUGCAUUUUACACCCGCUUCGGUUGGCAGGAUUUGGCUACAUAAUCGCAACCCCCUUGAAUGGCCGCGCAUAGAUCCACGCUAUUUCUCAGCACCAUCCGACGUAGAGCACAUUUUGGCGGGUAUAAAGGAAGCCAUACGCAUUAGCAAGAUGCCCGCCUUGCAAGCAAUUGGCACUCGUCUUCUGGAUCGGCCGGUGCCAGGCUGUGAGGCGCACGCAUUUGCCUCCGACGACUACUGGCGCUGUUCCAUUCGCACUCUGUCCUACACACUACACCAUCAAGUGGCAACCUGCCGCAUGGGACCAGCAGAGGACCGCACAGCUGUGGUCAGUCCACAGUUACGCGUGCAUGGCGUACGGAAGCUGCGCGUUGUAGAUACGAGCGUCAUUCCCUUGCCACCCACAGGGCACACAAACGCGGCGGCCAUUAUGAUUGGCGAGAAGGCCGCCGAUAUUAUAAGAGCCGAUUGGAUCUGA